AUGACAUCGGCGGAUCGUUUUCUUUUCAAAAGAGAUUACGAGAAAUUCAAACUCCGCGUCACUUUCGUCAAUCUCGUCCUUCUAGUAGUGAAUUUGGUGCUACCGUCGAGACAACUCGAUUUGUUAUGUCAUUUUCUGAUGGUUUGGUAUUACUGCACACUGACGAUCAGGGAAAGCAUUUUGCGGUUGAAUGGAUCACAAAUGCACGGCUGGUGGGUGGCGCAUCAUUAUUUCGCGACGGUGAUCAGCGGCGUCGCGAUCACGUGGUCCGAUGAUCGAUUUUAUCAGGCUUUUCGACUGCAAUUCCUGCUCUUCGCUUUGUACAUCUCGUUGUGUCAGCAAAUGCAAUACAAGUAUCAGAGUGGAUGUCUUCGGCGAUUGCAUGCGCUUGGCCACGGGGAUACCAUGGAUUUGACGCUAGAAGGUUUCGAAGGAUGGAUGUUUCGCGGUCUCACCUUUUUACUUCCGUUUUUACUAUUCGCUUAUCUAUUGGAACUUUUUCACUCUUACACUUUGUAUCAAAUGUGGUUGAGUGGGGAAACGAGUUGGCAUGUGCCAGUGCUUGGAAUUCUAUUUUUCAUCGUUGGCAAUGGCAAUUUGUUUAUGGUGGCUUUCACUGCAAUCGCCAAAAUUCGUGAGGAUCCAAAGAGACGAAAGCAAUCUCUUCGAAUCAAAUACCAAGAUAUUAGUGGAAUCGAGAAAUUACAA